CCUUCUCCACCGCCGUCUACCGCACCACACCUUCCUCACACCUCCCUUCCCGCAGUGCUACUCCGACCUUCCUCGUCUACCAUGCCUCCCACAGUUCUUGGAAAGAGAACUCGCAGCUCUACUGCUGCUGCUGCAAAUCUAUCCGAUGCACAAUCUCCCGAGACUGUUUCCGCCAACAAAAGACGGGCGCAAUUCGUAAUUCACGAUGAGGGCGAGAUCACAAACCCGUUUGUGACUCCAAACAAAAAAACUCCUGCUUGCAAUGGCGAUGCGAUGGACGUGGAUUCCCCAGGGGAGGAGCAGACGCCUUCUGGAAAGCGCGGUCGAAAACCCAGAACGGCACCCACGAAGCAUGGAGCCUUCGAAUCCCGUAUUCCACUAUCUCCUGCCAAAACCAACUCUCCUGUCAAAGCUCCUGCCGUGUCAUCAAAGAAGCAAACUCCGGCGGUGACUCCCUCUACCCCACGGCAUAGAGACGCACUUGCCAACAAAGUCGCUGUCACACCGAGACAUCGCCUGAUAGUCGCUGGUCGACCCCUGACGCCUCGAACACCACAUACUCCCACCACACCCCGUCACGCCGCCCCCACAGUCUACAAUGACGCCCGCCAGCUCUUCGUCCGGGGUUCUGCCCCUACUGUGCUUUUCGGCCGCGAGCAAGAACGCAAGGAACUCGAUAGUUUCGUCUCAACGCGUGUCAAAUCGAAGAAGUCUGGCUGCAUUUAUGUCUCCGGCCCCCCUGGUACCGGCAAAAGCGCUUUUGUGAGCGAAGUGUGUCGCGAUUUUGAAUCCAAUGCCCACGUUCGAACCGGUUACAUCAACUGUAUGAGUGUAAAAAAUGCGACUGAUUUGUACCGAACAUUGUUGGAAGAGUUUGUUGAUAUUACGGAUGUUGUGGAAGGCGAGGAGAUGGAUACGCUGAAGAAACUCUUUUCACAGCGAAACACGUCAUACGUGGUCACGCUCGAUGAAGUUGAUCAUCUCUUGGAACUGGAUAUCGACCUGCUCUACAACAUUUUCGAGUGGUCUCUCCAGAAGUCAACCGGUCUUGUUUUGGUCGGCAUUGCGAACGCACUGGACUUUACCGAUCGCUUCCUUCCUCGACUCAAAUCUCGCGGCCUCAAACCACAUCUCCUCCCCUUUCUCCCGUACACUGCCGCGCAGAUUUCGUCCGUCAUAACCUCCAAGCUCAAGUCCCUAAAUGCGGUCAGCACAGAUUAUGUUCCAUUCAUCCACCCAACGGCCGUUAUGUUCCUAUCGAAGAAAGUGGCCGCCCAGUCAGGAGAUCUUCGCAAAGCACUGGACAUUUGCCGACGAGCAGUUGAUCUUGUUGAAGCCGAUACCCGCGACCAGCAUGCUAAAAAAGCCAUGGAAAUUACACCAUCCCCAACACCAUCGCCAUCAAAGACAGCGUUGAUUGAAAACACCAAUCUUUCCUCGCCGGCUAUCCGAUCACCCUCAAAAGGAAAGCUUCAACAAGCACUCACAUCCUCAUUGUCCAGUUUGACUGCAGAGAAUGCUCCCCGAGCCACCAUUGCUCACAUGGCACGCAUUACUGCUGCUGUUUUCAGCAACGGAACCACGCAACGCCUACAAAACCUUAACCUCCAGCAGAAGGCAGUGCUCUGUUCGCUUUCUGCUAUUGAAAAAAAGCGGCGCUCAUCGGGAGCAGACAAGAUUUUCGGUACACCGUCUAAGAAUCAAGGCACCGCUCCGACUAUCAAGGAACUGUUUGAAGCAUACACCAACUUGUGUAAACGAGAGAAUAUCUUACAUGCGCUGACGAGCACUGAAUUUCGGGAUAUUGUCGGAAGUCUCGAAACAUUAUCACUCAUCUCAGCCAUCGAGGGGAAGGCCGGCUCCCUUGGUGCUGCUACCGGAACUCCAAGCAGGAAAGGGAGGGGAGGCGGGGGUUUUGGCGGUGUUGCUAUUGAAGACCGCCGUGUUGCAAGCUCAGUAGAUGCUAAGGAAUUGGCCGCUUCACUCAACGGCCCUGGUAGUAACAUCCUCAAGGAUAUCAUGGAAGGCACGGAUGGACUUUGA